UUGAAAUUGCAUGACGAAGUAGCAUUGAAAAGAUUGUAUGAUGGUGAUUUUGAGCACCUCACACAAGCCUCCACAGGUUCAACAACUGGAGAUUGGUUCAUUCUUUUUUAUUCACCACAAUGUGAACAUUUCAUCUCAUUGUGGGAAUCCUUGGCUGUGAGAUUGUUGCAGCAGAAGAUGGUUGCAGUUGUCAACACACGAGAUAAUCUACAUCUGAAGGAACGAUUCCAAAUCUCCAAGUGUCCUCAAGCCAUAUUCUUCAGGUCUGGCAAAAUGUAUGAGUAUGUCCUACCAAGUUUUGAAAUGAAUUCACUCUUAAAUUUUGUGGACGGUUGGUUCAAAAAUGCACCUUCAAAGCCCGUUCCUCCACUUCAAACUCCAUUGUUUGUUUCUUUUUAA